AUGAAGUUCACCUCGUUCAUCUCCACCCUUUCUCUCCUGGCUACCGCCACCGCCAGCACUCUCCAUCCCAUUGGCGAUGUCGUCAAGCGAGACCCUUCCGGUAGCUUCAGUCUGUACAACCACGGCGCCACUACCCGUGCGAUAAAGCUAUUCUACGCUGAUGGCCUCGCAUACUUCGGCUCCCCUUCCGCAUGGUCCGGCAAUGUCGUCACGGACGUCACCUUCACUGCUUCCAACGGCCAAGUGAUUGCCCACUCCGCAUCCAGCACCUCCCUCCCGGCCAACACCCUUCUCUACGUCCGCCCAGACACCAACAGCGCCGCGCCAGUCGGUUUCACAGGCACAAACACCCCAUCCGACGCCGUGACCGAUCAGUUCACCUGGUACGGCGCGUGGAUUCUCUACCAGAACGGGAACGCGCUGGAAAGUAAAUUCUAUGUCAAGGAGACGGAGGUCGAGGGUGUUUGGCAGUUGUUUUGGUUGUCUGGUGGGUCGGUGGAUGGGUUUAAGGCGGGAAAUGUGAGGAAUAUUGGGUAG